CCCACCCCCUCGUAUCCCCUUCUCCGCCGCCGCCAAUCCGACCCAAAUCGCCGCCGCCAAUCCGACCCAAAUCGGAGUGCAUGGCACUUGAAACCCCACCGACCUUCUUCCUUCUGUGAAACCCCAUCCAUCGUCGGCUCGUAUCCCCCUCCCAUUACCUUCUUCCUCCUGUGAAACCGCCAACAGAUCGACUCACCGCCAACAGAUUCGAGAGGGCGGCCGGCCGGCCCUUUCUUGGCCGCGCCGCGUCGUUUCUUUUCUCUUCUUUGCCGGUCCUUUCUUGGCCGGCCCUUUCUUGGCCGAGCAUCAUAACUUCACGGCGGAGGGAUUUCACGGCGGCGGGAUUUAUUUCUUUUCCCUCUCCUGUCUUCGGCCGGCGAUAAACUGGUCUUCGAUCAGCCUUUUCCCUCUCCUGUCUUCGGCAGUCGAGCAAGGAGCCACUUCAGAUACGACAUUGCAUUCUAGAGCUGAAAUAGGUAAUAUUUGAAUGUCGUUUUCUACACUUUAUUAUAUUGGAAUCGAAUUUGGGAAAGUGCAGAAGUGAAUAAACAAUCUCCCUUUUUGUUUCUUUUCUGUUUUGGGAUUCUGAGAACUCGGUAAAGAAUACUAAAGUGCUUGUUUGUAUGUGAAUAAACAAUGUCCUGUUUCGGUAAAGAAUACUAAAGUGCUUGUUUGUAUGUGACCCAUUUUUUGCCCAAUUUUGCAGGAUGAGUAUCGACUUUUUAUUUCAUCAUGGGGGAAUGAUGGAUACAGCUACUGAGGUACCGAUAUAUGUUGGAGGGGAUGUCGACCGGGUUCAGCUGCUUCUUGAUCAAAUGUCAUAUUUUGAGUUGGUGAGUACAUUGAUCGAGGAUUUAGACUAUUCGUCGGUGGAAAGGGUGUGGUAUUUGACUCCGGGACAAAGUAUGGAACAUGGGCUGCACGAGAUACGCACUGAUGCCGACGUUAUUAAUGGUCUACUUGUGGAUGCCGAGCUCGGAGAGGUGUCUUUGUUUUUUGAAGCAACUAAGUUCAUUCAUGAGAUGGGAGACAACUAUGGGCAUAGUGAGGAGGUUGAAGAUGAGGAGGGUGACAACUCUGCUGUAGCCGAGUUCGUCCGGAUAGAUGAAGACGAUGCUCAAACGUCGGAUGAGGAAUAUCAUGAAAUACGGGCCUGUUAUCGUCGCAUGCUACAGAGGUCUAGGCUGGAGGAGACUGCAUCGGGGGAAGAAGUUGAUCAGUUGUUUGUAGACCCCAAUGAGGUGAACGAGCCUGUUCAACCUAGUGUGAAUGUCGAUGAAGAGGCAGCCGAUGGACAUGGAGAGGAGGUUCAACAAAGUGGUGAUAUGGGUGAUGAUGAAGCUCAAGGGUCUGAGGCAACAGUCUAUAGGGGUUCUGAAAACUCAGAUCAUGUUCGUGGCAACAUUGGCGAGGAAGAGGAAGUGUCCAUGAUCGACAAGUGUCGGUUUUAUGAUCCCAAAUGUGAUCAUAAGACAUUGUUGAUCACUACACAUAUGAGGUUUGCUAGUCCUGAGCAGUUUAAAGAGGCCAUUACAAGACAUUCCAUUGAGAUUGGUGCUGAUAUACGAUGGGUACGCAGUAGUCAGAAGAAAAAAGAGGCUGUUUGUGCCCAAAACUGUGGCUGGAGGGUGUAUGCUUCUUGGUAUGGGAAGAGAGAGACCUUUAUUGUCAAGGGUGUUGGGACACCACAUGACUGCCCUCGUUCUUUUCGCAAUCGUGGUGCUACUGCCAAGUGGAUAGCUACUGAAUAUCUUGAGAGGUUUAGGGUGGACCAAGAUUGGAAUGUGAAUUUUAUGGCAGCUGAGAUAAAGCAGAAGCACAACCUGGACGUGACACGAAAAGCUUGCUACCGAGCUCGCAUAGAAGCAAGGCGCAUUCUCCAUGGCACGUUGCAAGAAGAUUUUCAUCGGAUGCGUUCAUAUGUAGGGCAUCUUCAAAAAGUCGACCCGGAUGGAACAUUUCUUCUGGAGGUUGAUUUGGAGCCUGAAUCCGAGAAGGUCUACUUCAAGCGUUUUUAUGUGGGCUUUUCAAGCUUGUCUCGAGGGUUCUUAGAAGGUUGUAGGCCUUUCUUUUGCCUUGAUGGCUGCUUCUUGAAAGGGGAAGUUAAGGGCAUGCUACUUAGUGCAGUUGGAAAGGACGGAAACAAUCACAUGUACCCGAUAGCGUGGGCAGUUGUCGAGUCUGAGAACGGGAGCUCAUGGACAUGGUUUAUUCAAACAUUGAAAGAACAAUUGCAUAUUGUGGAUGGAAACGGUUGGACUAUUGUUAGCGAUCAACAAAAGGGUUUGGUGGAUGCUAUCCAUGAGUGCUUGCCGCAUGCAGAGCAUAGGAAGUGUGCUCGCCAUGUGCAUGCACACUUUAAGGCUAAACACAGAUUUGAUAUGGCUACCACACUGUAUUGGGAAGCAGUCUACUCCACCAACGAGCCUGAUUGGAAAGCUGCCACUGCCAAGUUGAAGGAUCUUGGAGGGACUGUGUAUCAGGACUUUAUGGCCAUGGAACCAGAGAGAUUCUGUCGAGUAUUCAUGAAGACUCAUUCAAAGUGUGGAUCUGUGGAGAGCAAUGUGUGUGAGUCUUUUAAUAAUUGGAUCAUGAAGUUCCGAGUGCUUAGGGUACUUGCUAUGCUUGAGGGAAUCAGGGUGGCUGUGAUGACUCGGUUGGUGAGCAACAAAAGGAAGAUGGGUCUUUGUAAGGGACCAUUUCCUCCGGUUGUGAAGAGUAAGCUUGAAAAGCAUAAGGAUGAAGCUAGGAUGUGUACUAGUCGUCCAUCUUCAGCUCACAAACACGAGGUGCAGAUACAUGGGAAAGGGUAUGUUGUUGACUUACACACUCGUACAUGCACAUGUGGAUAUUGGGGACUUUAUGGAAUUCCUUGCUGCCACGCUGUUUCAGCCAUUCGUUCUAUGAGAUUUAAUCCUGAGGCGUAUGUGCAUCGGUACUUGCAACUGGAAUAUGUGAAAAAUUCAUACAAGUAUCCAAUUCCAGCUUCAGAAGGACCUCAAGCUUGGCUGCCCGUGGAAGGGUACAAAAUCUACCCACCAAAGAUGAGGAAACUGCCUGGGCGCCCAAAGAAGAAUCGAAGGAAGGAGGCCGCCGAGCUGAUCACGAAGAAUGCUAAAAAUGGUAAUGGUGUGGUUGCUACUAGGCAUCAUAGUAUAGUCCAUUGCACGAGGUGUGGGGGUGAAGGUCACAACAGGAGGAGCUGCACAAAUCCACCAGCACCACAACCAGCUCCACCGCCUAGUAAAAGGCAAAUACGAGGUGGAAACAAUGGAGGAGGUGCUGCCCCACCGAAUGCACCAGUUGCAGCUGAAAAUGGGCAGCCAGGAAGAAGAAGGCCUCAUUGUUCGAGAUGUGGGGCAGCUAAUCACAACUCGAGAACUUGUCCGUUGAGGGUUGGAGUUCAAAUUGAAAGCAUGGGUACUUGUAGCAGGCAACAAAUGGAACGGGAAGUGCGGAGGGCUGCACAAGGAAUCGGUGUUUACAUUGAUCCCACUUCUGGAAACAUGUAUUCUCGGAUGAGUACUAGAGAUCCACAACAAGGAGGUAGGAGGGGACCGGAUGAACCAGAUCAUCCGCCCAUGAACACUACUCAACCUCCAUCGACUCAACCCGAGACACAGUAAACAAGCAACGGUGGAUAUGAUGAACCAAGAAAAUGACAUCUCCCUUCUUUUGUAUUUUGAACAUGUAAUAGGCAUGUGUUAGGGAAUGUCUAGACUCGCGUAUGGACAUGGUUUAUGCUCUUUUCAGGUUAUGGAACAUGGUUUACUGAACAUGGUUUAUGCUGUUUUCAUACUAGGAUUUGUGUAGUUGUGUUCUCAUGAACUUGUUUCCAGGUUAUGAACUUGUUUCCAGGUUAUAUCACCUUGUGUUCAUGCUGAAUUCAGGUUAUGAAAGUGGAGAUUUGUGUUCAUGAACUUGUUUCCAGGUUAUGGUAUCUACAGGCAAACGAACUACAGCUUCAAUGGAUUACAAGAAAACAAACUUUAACUUCAAUG